CGCAGCGCGGGGGCGCGCCGCGCACGGGAACAUUCAGUGCAGCAUCUCUCCAUCUUUCCAAGGACAGACAGCGGACUGCCUCUGUUCACAGAGGGGAAAUGUUACAGCGCUGCCGCUGGGAGUAGAAAUGUAAGAGCGGGACAGGACUAAGCAACACGGCGGACCGAAGCGUUUGUCCUCAGGUCAGUGAUGACAACACCAAAGUACAAUCUGAAAACACCCAGAUCAUAACCCUAUCACCAUGGCAACGGGAAGAAAAGGCUCCACGUCCAAAGCAAGCGGCGUUCGUUUCCCUGACGAUGACGAACCUCCAGGUUCUCCGACCCGCAGGGAUGACCAGUCCAACCUCUCCACCCUCGUUGCUGUCCAAGAGAAAGAUGGCAACUACUUGGUUAAGGCCGGUUUCCUUAAGAGCCACCACUGCUAUGAGAUUGUCUUCACUGUCCCAGAUGUGCCCAGUCUGGGCAAGGAGCUCACCUGUCUCCCGUCUGUCUCUCCGACUCGGCGGGCCCAGAACCUCCGGAUCCAGCGCAUUAACUCCAUGCUGGAAGGAGGAGUGAAGGUGACCUGCGAGUACAGGACUCACCAGGAAGGAGUUGUCCAGGAGGAGAUGACUGUGGCGGCUAAAGGACGAAAAGGCAGCAGCUUGAAGAUUAGACUCCAGGCCAAAAUAAUUGACCCUCACCAUGGGACCCCCAUGCUGCUGGAGGGAGUUCGGUGCCUGGGGGCCCAGAGGGACCCCCACGCCAGGCGCAGCAGCGAGCGGAAGAGGAUAUGAUGAACAGACUCAAAGCCACUGUCUUUAUACAUGAAGAUGUAAUUAUUAUGUUACAGGGUCAAGGCUCACAGUGCUGCAGAAACGGCCUCAUGUGUGUCCCUGUUUACAAGCCGUCAUGGAUUUGUGAUGCUUUUAAAGUAUUUAUUGAAACGGUGGGAAUGACGCAGCAUGUUGAAUUUCCACUGUAAUUAUGCUGGAUUAUGUCUCUAAUAUACAUAUAAAAUGUUUAAGUACUGAUUCCUCUGCUGUGAAAAAGAUGAGCUAGUUACACUUUGCACUUUUUUUGGUUUUAAGCCACGAAGCCUCCAUGCUGGAGAGGCUAUAAAACCAGCAUGAACAGUAGCCAGCGUACGAUCUAUCACCCAAACCUGCACUCACUGCCAGACGAAAAUCAGCUCAUCAUCAUCAUCAUCAUCAUCAUCAUCAUCAUCAUCAUCAUCAUGAUCAUCAUGAUCAUCAUCAUCAGCAGCAGUAAUCCCAUAAAGAUUACUUUAUGGACCCAACAGAAGGUCCAAAAUUAAAGGAGACCUAUUAUGCAAAAUGUAUAUUUUGCACUUCCAUUUGGGUUUCUACUGCUUCUAAAAACAGACCAAAAAGUACUCAGCAGUUUUUCUUUUAGCAAUAUGUUAAUAUUUUUGGUGUCUGAAAAAUGAGCCAUUUCAAAAACCUCCGGAAUGUAGCGUCACAAAUCAACAGGCAUUACUCGUUACUUAGCAACCACAGCAGAGCUCCACCUGUUCCCUAGCAACCACAGUGGAGCUCCUGCACAUUUGGUCAGCUGGAUGAGCUGUACAAUGGCUGCAGGAAAAGAAAAGUGUUGCUGUUACUUGCUGCAUUCUUGU